AUGAGAAGUAUCGUCACAGCCCCCAAGCACCAAUCGGCGCACCCUGCAUCGUGGAACGGUAAUGCUGAAGCCGGCCUGGCAAACGGAGCAGAGCCCGUGCUCCACUUUCCGCCCUUCUUGUGCCGGAUGCGACUUUCCCGAGAUGGCACCCAGAUGGUGAUUGCCCUCCGGGAUGCCCUGCUUCUUGUGAGCAACCUUAAUCUCGACACCUUGGCUGAAGACUUUGGCCAGUCACAAUUGCAAUGGCUCGCAGAGCACGGGUUUGUUCAGCACUACGACUUGCCUUCCAAAACAUGGCAGCCGCAUUCAAUGCUCAGCGACGAGUCAGCGGACGACCCACCAGCACGAUCGCGGCAAAGAAAUCACAUUGAGCUGCUGGAAGAAUCGCCCACUCGAACAGGCGUUUGCACCACACUGCACUUUGACCCGUCCGGCCGCUUCCUGCUGACUCGACGGUCCUGCGCGAGGGACGAGCAAUCGAUCGUGUUUGACUUGCACUCCAAACGACCUGUCGAGGAUUCUCCAAUCGGAGAGCGGUUGAGGUCUUCCGACAGCAGCAGUCGACUUUCCCAAUUCCGCGAAUUGCAAGAGCGUCCGUUGGGAAGCGCGCACGUCCCGUGGAUUGCCAGUGUGACUGAAUCUGGGACCGCUCCCGAAUACAUCAAAGAAGCGUGCUUCAGUGCCGACGGUCGAUUUAUCGCGUCACCGUACCAGCGCACCGUCCGAGUGUUCGACUUUGAGAACGCGUUCAUGCGUUAUAGCACGCACGGUGUUCAAUGCCCAGAGCUGCCACCGAUUCUGUCAAUUCCGACACAUCACUCUGAGAGUGUCUUGACCUGCCGAUUCUCUCCCAUCAUGCCAGUUCUCGUAACGGCCGGGUUGGAUGGGAGAGUCGUGUUUUACAACCCUCAAUUUUAG